AUGGCGUCCGGCGCCGUGAAGAUCGGCAAGUCCUUCACCGGCAGCCGUCAGGCGGUCGGCGUGUCCGGCUUCGCCGGCAAGCCCCUCAAGGCUCGCGCGGUGUCCAUGGGCCGCCGCGUCGCCGCCCACCAGCCCCUCCGCGUCGUCGCGGAGAAGGUCGUCGGUAUCGACCUCGGCACCACCAACUCCGCGCGAAUUAAUUGGGUGCCCCCUUUGCGGCCGCCGACACCUGCUCGACUCGUCCAACAAACUCUGAUCGCCUCGUCUCCUCCCCUAUCCUCGCAGGUCGCCGCCAUGGAGGGUGGCUCUCCCACCAUCGUGACCAACUCCGAGGGUGGCCGCACCACCCCCUCCGUCGUCGCCUACGCCAAGAACGGCGACCGCCUCGUCGGCCAGGUCCGUUCGCCCGCACCCCCCGAUCCGUUAUCCACUUUCCGGCGCCGACGGCGGUGGAAGGAAAUCGCCAAGCGUCAGGGCGUGGUCAACCCCGAGAACACCUUCUUCUCCGUCAAGCGCUUCAUCGGCCGCCGCUGGGACGAGGUUGGCGAGAAGGACCGCGAGGUGCCCUACUCCGUGGUCAAGGGCGACACCGGCAACGUGAAGAUCAAGUCCUCCGUCGCCGGCAAGGACUUCGCCGCCGAGGAGAUCUCCGCGCAGGUCCUCCGCAAGCUCUGCGACGACGCCGCCUCCUACCUCGGCGACACCGUCACCAAGGCGGUCAUCACCGUCCCCGCCUACUUCAACGACUCCCAGCGCCAGGCGACCAAGGAUGCCGGUAAGAUUGCCGGCGUCGAGGUGCUCCGCAUCAUCAACGAGCCCACCGCCGCGUCCCUCGCCUACGGCUUCGAGAAGAAGUCCAACGAGACCAUCCUCAUCUUCGACCUCGGCGGCGGUACCUUCGACGUCUCCAUCCUCGAGGUUGGCGACGGCGUCUUCGAGGUGCUCUCCACCUCGGGUGACACCUUCCUCGGCGGCGACGACUUUGACAAGCGCGUCGUCGAGUGGCUCGCCGCCGACUUCCAGAAGGCUGAGGGCGUGGACCUCAUGAAGGACAAGCAGGCGCUGCAGCGUCUCACCGAGGCUGCCGAGAAGGCCAAGAUGGAGCUCUCCUCCACCGCCAACACCGCCAUCUCCCUCCCCUUCAUCACCGCCACCGCCGACGGCCCCAAGCACAUCGACACCAACCUCUCCCGCGCCAAGUUUGAGGAGCUCUGCGACGACCUCAUCACCCGAUGCAAGGUGCCCGUCGAGAACGCCCUCCGCGACGCCAAGCUCUCCCUCGACGACAUGGACGAGGUGAUCCUCGUCGGCGGCUCCACCCGCAUCCCCGCGGUUCGCGCCCUCGUCAAGAAGCUCACCGGUAAGGAGCCCAACAUGUCCGUCAACCCCGACGAGGUUGUCGCGCUCGGCGCGGCUGUCCAGGCGGGUGUCCUCGGCGGCGAGGUGUCCGACAUCGUCCUUCUCGAUGUCACCCCGCUCUCCCUCGGUCUCGAGACCCUCGGCGGCGUGAUGACCAAGCUCAUCAUGCGCAACACCACCCUCCCCACCUCCAAGUCUGAGGUGUUCUCCACCGCCGCGGAUGGCCAGACCUCUGUCGAGAUCAACGUCCUCCAGGGCGAGCGCGAGUUCGUCAAGGACAACAAGUCCCUCGGCAACUUCCGCCUCGACGGCAUCCCCUCCGCGCCCCGCGGUGUGCCCCAGAUUGAGGUGAAGUUUGACAUUGACGCCAACGGCAUCCUCUCCGUCUCCGCGGUUGACAAGGGUACCGGCAAGGCGGCGGACAUCAAGAUCACCGGCGCCUCCACCCUCUCCGAGGACGAGGUCGAGAGGAUGGUGAAGGACGCCGAGUCCAACGCCGAGGCUGACAAGGCGCAGCGCGACGCCGUCGACACCAAGAACUCCGCCGACUCGAUGUGCUACCAGACCGAGAAGCAGCUCGAGGAGCUCGGGGAUAAGAUCCCCGAGGACACCAAGGAGAAGGUCAAGGGCAAGGUUGCCGAGCUCCGUGCGGCGAUCGAGGCCGACGACCUCGCCGCGAUGAAGGAGAAGCAAGAGGCGCUUCAGCAGGAGGUUAUGGCGAUGGGUCAGGCCAUGUACCAGGGCGCGGGCGCGGGUGGCGCGCCCCCCGGCGGCGAGGGCGGCGCGCCCCCCGGCGGCGACUCCAAGCCCGACGACGUCAUCGACGCCGAGUUCUCCUCCGACAAGUAAGCGAAUGUAAGCCUUCACUUACCGGGGAGGGGUGAUUCAGUAGUCGAUCACGCACGCGUCGAAGAUUCCCGGGCGGCGUUCGGAAAGACGCCCGGGGUUUUAGAGCGUUGAGCGCGGCUGAGAGGGACGGGAGUUUUUUGCGCAUCCCGUCUUUGACCCGCCGCGAUGGCGCAUUGUCCACAUAGUCGAUCAAAACCGCUUGCCUGCUCCCGCGCGCGGCGCAGUAUCAUCACGCGCGAGGGGGCGUAACACGUUAUUAAUAUGAAAGCCAUUCUUUGCAUG